AUGCCGGUGCUACUUUAUAUGGCAACUGCUAUGUUGGCAAUUUCAAGCUGCUCUACUGAAACUAAUGAAUCCGAAUCUAACAAAGAGUCCACAGAAUCUUCGAAGACUUUCAAAGCUCCGGAAUCACCAGAAUUUCUCCGAUUGGCUAGCGACAAUGCUCGUAAGGAAUAUAUAGAGCUCGAAACCAACAUGAAUGUACCCCUGGCGGCUAUGAGAAAAGCGCAAGAUGCUUGGGCAAGAAAUAUUGGCGAGCCAGUCUAUGGUGCUUACAUACGUCAUAUGAUUGCUCAUGAUCGCGCUAAAAAUACUGAAAAUGCUAGAAUGAAUAGCACCGUUGCCGUACUAUCUAAAGCUGCUCAAGCAGCUGAUCAAAUCAUCAGAGGCAUUUAUUCCAACGAAACGCUGACCAAAAAACAGAUCAAUGCUGAGGUGUCGAAACAGAUAAAACGCUUGCCGAAAAAAGUGUAUAAGGAACUUACGCUUGCCAGUCAGUGA